AUGCGCUUCCUUACGAUCAACGCAAGGGGGAUGAAGGAGGCGACGGAUUAUAGUUCGCUCUUGCGGUUGGACAGAGUGAGAGGCGAGCUUCCUAUCCCGGGGACUGGAGGUACGAUGGACAUUUCGGAGGCGCGUUUGUCGACGGCGCUCAUUACAACAACCCACAUGGACUUGGCCAUCUUUAAGCUGAUUAAUCUCACGGAUAGCGUUCGCGGUACGAGCUGGAGCACAAAACAAGAUGCUCUGAACUGGAAAGCAGCAAAGAUCCGGCCUUUACGACGAGGCACAGGCAUGGCGGCUUUUGCGUUUCGUAUCCAUUGCUCGUGUGGCACCUGGGCUACCGAGUGGAGCGAGUUCCUGGAUGGAAUCGACAACGCUUCUAGAUUUGACCUCACGGACAUUCUCUCUCACGGAGAACGACUUACCAUGAUGUUUGACGAUGCUGGUUCAGGGUUUGCCCUGUCGGAGUUUUAUUUUACGGUGCUGCAGUUGCUUCGUGUUGCCCACGACUGGAUUCAAGAAAGCGUAGAGGAGCUGAAGAAUCUUGCGGGGGAGUUUGAAUGGCAAUAUGGGCCCGAUGGUUACCUACAUGACCAUGACCAGGAGGCAGCUGAAGUCUCGCGGCGGAACUGGGAAAGCGUCAUGUCGCAUCAGCAAAGUCUUGCCAAUGGACUGCUCAGUCGCAUCGCCAAGAAGCGAGAAGAGAUGAGCAGUCUACGAGACGGGCUUUUCAAUGCGACGUCCGUUCGGGAAGCGACCAAGUCAUCCCAACUGAACCACUAUAUCCUCGUCUUCACCGUCGUCACCAUCUUCUACCUACCGCUAAGUUUCGUCGCAGCACUGUUUGCGUUGGACCUGUUCAAGUGGGAUGCUCCCGGUCAAAAAGGAUCCUUCGCCGCGGCCAUUGUUGCAGUAGCUGGUGGUACGUACGUUUGUUCCGGACUGUUGAUCUGGACGGUCCGGAGACCCGAACGGCGAAGGACGUUUACGAGGGUCUGGAUCCGUCUGUGGGAAGGUUGUAGGAGGCGUCUCGGCUGGUUGCGCCGCGAACGUCCGGUGGUGGAGGACUUGCAAAGAGUCGAUAGCUUGGAUGGCAUACCCGGCCGAAGGGGAUUGGAGAACUCGACCGGUGUUCGGUUCGCAUGGGACCUAGGGUAG